AUGGAGCCUCAUUCGCGUCCUUGCACGGCCCAGAAUGGCACGUUGCGUCUUCCACAGGCUCUGCUGUCACUCCUGAAGACCACUCUUGCAGGCUCGCCCAGCCAUCCAGUGACACAGACCGACUCCCACCUGGUCCCCUGGAACGCCGCGGAUAUAAACAAGUCGGCCUACCGUUUCCUCAACCUGCUCACUCCCUUCGUACUCCGCCGCGGCAAUUGGUCUUUGACUCCUGCGGGCAUGGUUGAGUUGACAGCGCUGUGUGGAGUCGCGUCUGCACUUUGGAUCCGGAGGAAAAGGGGUGGUAAGACCAGGCCUGGGGGAACUCAGCACGCAUCCGAGGCCGCAACCGAUGAUGCUGCCAUUACCGACCCAGCUCUGAUAAAAAAGUACUCUACAGUCAAGUCCUACACCGUGCCCUCUACUGGCUUCACUUAUCCUCAACUGCGUACCUUUUAUCGUCCACACCACCAAGAAAGCAAGCUACCAAAGGACCCCUGCCCGAUUCCCCUUCUGGUCUUCGUCCAUGGUCUUGGCGGAUCUAUUGCCCAAUUCAGUCCUAUCCUUAUCAGUCUUUCCAAUCUAGCACCAUGCUUGGCCCUAGACUUCCCUGGAUGCGGUGCGUCGACUUUUGAGCCAAAGGCAUGGGAAGCCUACACGACCGAGGCCCUUGUACAUCUUCUUGCAGUCGUCAUUGAAGAACAUCGUGCAGUCGACGAAAGACAGCCUGUCGUUCUGGUCGGCCAUAGCAUGGGCUGCUCUCUGGCUGCCCUACUAGCCUCCCCUACCUCUCCACAUGCCCAUCUUCUAUCGCAAUACGUCAGCGGCUUGAUUGCUAUAUGUCCACAAGCCGAGCCUCCGACUGAGAGAGAAGUCAAACAACUGCAGUACCUCUCGUCAGUGCCACCAGUCGUAUUUGACCUGGGAAGACGCUGGGAUCGGAAAGGGGGUAUUGCCAGCAAGAGUGUUUUACGCAUGACAGGAGCAGAUGCAGACGUGGAGACGAGAAGAAUGCAACUGCUUUUCAACCAACAAAGCCGAAGUGCUGUCUGGCAGAGGAUGGCACGAGGCAUGUGCCCUGAUUACUCCGAUGGCUCACCAAAGGGCGGCCUUCCCGGAAGACAGGUCUGGAGUGGCCUAAACAUGCCCGUGUUCCUCACUGCCGGCGAGAUGGACGGCGUGACACCAGCUUCCAAUGUCAAACGCGUCGUGGAAUUCUUGGGGAGAGAUGUUAGUGCCAUUGAGCCACCAAGCGAGAGGGCUAGUCUACCUAUCGCAGCUGCACCAUUUGUUCCUGCCUCUAUCAUAUCAGAGGUGCCCACGAAAGAGCACAAAGAUUCGGGCAUCGACGCAAGGGACUUGCCACGAUGCGAAGAAGACAACAAGACGAUUGAAUCAACUUCUGUAUCCACUGCUGACGGCAGUCUUGUGUCCACUGAGGAUGGUACCAGAGAGGGAAGUAUGACCACUGCAGACGGUCCGCUUCUCUCGGGAACUUCAACGUCAUCGUCAACCACGCCAUCACCUCACCCACGCAAGCUUGUUGUUAAGACAGCAAUCAUGCCCAAGCCAGCAGCUCACUCUCUACUCUUUGCUCCAUCUACCUCGCGUAUCAUAGCCGGGCUUAUAGGUACUUUCUUUGCUGACUACAUCGAUCCUCGUCUAUCAUUGGCUUGGCAACUCAGUUACCUGUCGACCGAAGGCAAAUGGGACGUGAAGAAUCUCGAAAAGUGGAAGGCAGUGCAGCCGGUGUCUGCACCCAUUGCCAACGUCUUCCGGGCGAUGAAGACGCUUAGAGAAGUCGACGAGGAGCAUACGCCCAAGGUGCUUACAAAGAAGUGGGCUGGCAAGCUCUGCGCCGUUAUUGACAUCUCGCACGACAAUCCCGUCUACGACCCCAAAGGCUUGGAAGAGGGCGGUAUUCCGUACCACAAGUUCCCGACUGUGUCGAAGCAGCCUCCACAACCCGCCGAGGUCAAGGAGUUUUUCGAUCUCGUCGACAGAAUUCGAGCUGAACAGCGGCCCGGUCUUAUUGGUGUCCAUUGCCACUACGGCUUCAACCGCACUGGCUUCUUCCUAGUGUCGUAUCUGAUUGAGCGUCUGGGAUACAAGGUCGAAGAUGCACUGGAUGCGUUCCAGCAAGCGCGCCCACCGGGUAUCCGCCACUCGCAUUUCAUUGACGCCUUGUAUGUUCGCUACUGCCAGGGUCUCAAGAGAGCACCAACUCUGUGA